UCACCUUUUCCCCACCCCCCACCUGGCGAGCGGUCUCCUAGCAACGACGCGGGGCCGCUAGGAACCGCUCCUUCUUCGCCACUCCUGCCUGCAAUCCAGUUUCUUGCCCUCAAAGCCUCUCCAUACCCCUCAAACUUCAGACCCUUCACCCCCAGUUUACUUUUGUCUUCAACCCCAUCCCAACAAUUUGUUCUGAACCCCUGUCCGUGUCUCCCAAGUUUCUGAGCUUCUCUCUCCUCCUCCUGGGUUCUGCCAUCGCUAGCGUCUGCCGAAGCUACUAGGCGUCUCCCGCCUCAGACGAGCUGCCUUUUUUUUUUAAAGAUAAUGCCUGGAACCAAGCUUGUCCAGAGUCGAGAGGAAGAGGGCUUCUGCAUUACUGAAGCUCUCAUCGCCAAGCGGAACUUGACUUUUCCUGAGGAUGAAGAACUGUCAGAGAAGAUGUUUCACACUCUUGCUGAACUACAGACUGUCCGCCUAGACCGGGAGGGGAUUACCACUAUCAGCAAUUUAGAGGGCCUCCAGAAUCUUCACAGCCUGUAUCUGCAAGCGAAUAAGAUUCAGCGAAUUGAGAACCUGGCUUGCGUCCCCUCCUUGCGCUUUCUAUCUCUGGCAGGAAACCAAAUCAGGCAGGUGGAAAACCUCAUUGACCUCCCGUGCCUCCAGUUUUUGGACCUUUCUGAGAACCUGAUAGAAACCCUGAAGCUGGAUGAGUUUCCCCAGAGCCUUCUCAUCCUCAACCUGACUGGAAACAGCUGCACUAACCAGGAUGGCUAUCGGGAAAUGGUGAAAGAAGCCCUGCCAUUGCUGCUAGAUCUGGACAGGCAGCCUGUGUUGGAGCGCUGGGCCUCGGACGAAGAAGAUGAACCCUCAGGCAGUGAGGAUGAGGAGUUCGCAGAGCUGAGUGGCCCCUUCUGCUCAGAGCGAGGCUUCCUCCAUGAUAUAGAGCAGGAGAUGAGCAGGCACCGGGCACACAGGCAGCAGGCAGCCCUCACAGAGCACCUUCUGAGGAUGGAGACACAGCCCGCACUCACAGACCUGCCCCUGCUGCCUAGGGUGCCCAUGGCUGGGGACAGCAGCCCUUCUGUCACUCCCAAGCAAAGGAAGGAGACACUCCCUGAGGCAGCCUCCUCACCCCAGGCCUCCUCACCCACCAAGAAACCAAGCAUUCUGCUUCCCAGGGGCCAGCAAAGCUCUGUCCAGGCAAGGAAGGGGGCUCAAACAGCUGUAGCCUCCAAGGCCUCUCAGGUUGGGGUUCGCAAUACAACCAAAACUACAACCAAGAGAAUCAAGAAAUGAUUCUCCGUUGGCCUGUCCCUAUAAGUAGAGUGGAGUGGGGCCUGCCCUCCUUCUCAGACACCCCCCACGUGGCAGGAGCCCAUCCCCAAUAAAGUGUCUCUAGGCCUUGAAUACACCUUUUGUGUCAUUUGGGGGCAUCUCAGGGAAAGCAACCAGUAAAACCACCAGGAAACAGAAAA